CGAGAGGGGGAGACAGACUCGAGCGGAGAACGGCCGUCGUACUGCCGGAGCAUCUCAGGGACUAUUAACAGGGAGUGCAGUCGACGACUGAGCUAAGAGCUGGGGGUAUGAGAGCCACCAGAAUCCGCUUCCAUCCUCCACUACCCGGGCUCUUGUCCGACUGACAACCAUCGGAUCAGAACCUUCACCAACCCAGCUCUCGGACGAACCUAAUAUCGGUGACAAGUUGGAAGCAUGGAGCUGAGAGUUGGGAACAAGUACCGGCUCGGGCGAAAGAUAGGGAGUGGUUCUUUUGGAGACAUUUACCUCGGUGCCAACAUCGCCACUGGUGAGGAGGUAGCCAUCAAGCUGGAAUGUGUGAAGACCAAACACCCACAGCUGCACAUUGAAAGCAAGUUCUACAAGAUGAUGCAAGGAGGAGUGGGCAUUCCAUCUAUAAAGUGGUGUGGCGCAGAGGGAGACUACAAUGUGAUGGUGAUGGAGCUGCUCGGCCCUAGUCUGGAGGACCUCUUCAAUUUUUGCUCCCGCAAAUUCAGCCUAAAGACUGUCCUGCUUUUGGCUGACCAGAUGAUAAGUCGCAUUGAGUACAUCCAUUCCAAGAACUUCAUCCAUCGAGAUGUAAAGCCUGACAACUUCCUGAUGGGACUCGGCAAGAAAGGCAACUUGGUGUACAUCAUUGACUUUGGGCUGGCCAAGAAGUACCGUGAUGCCCGCACACACCAGCACAUUCCUUACCGGGAGAACAAGAACCUGACGGGCACAGCGCGCUAUGCCUCCAUCAACACACAUCUUGGGAUCGAGCAGUCCAGGCGUGAUGACCUGGAGUCUCUUGGCUACGUCCUCAUGUACUUCAACCUGGGGUCACUCCCGUGGCAGGGCCUCAAGGCUGCCACAAAGAGACAGAAAUAUGAACGGAUCAGCGAGAAGAAAAUGUCCACACCCAUUGAAGUUCUUUGCAAAGGAUACCCAUCUGAGUUCUCCACAUACCUGAACUUUUGCCGCUCACUCCGUUUUGAUGACAAACCAGACUACUCCUACCUUCGACAGCUCUUCAGGAAUCUGUUCCACCGACAGGGCUUCUCUUACGAUUAUGUCUUUGACUGGAACAUGCUCAAAUUUGGUGCCAGUCGGACAGCUGAGGAUGGGGAUAGGGAGAGGAGGACUGCGGAUGAGAGAGAUGAGCGGAUCGGAGGAGUCCCUAGGGGGUCUGCAUCACGAGGCCUCCCUCCAGGUCCAAAUCCUGGAGCUCCCAACAGAGUCAGGAACGGCCCUGAGCAAGCCAUUUCUAACCCUGCCUCUCGGGUCCAGCAGUCUGGUAACACGUCACCACGUGCAAUUUCUCGUGCAGAGCGAGAGAGGAAGGUGAGCAUGCGGCUCCACCGUGGUGCUCCUGCCAACGUAUCAUCCUCUGACCUCACAGCCCGCCACGACCAAUCGAGAAUUUCUACGUCACAGGUCAGCGUGCCAUUUGAGCACAUGGGAAAAUAGAAUUUUCCAGCUCUGCAUGCAAGUAAAACUGACAGGGCUUCAAGGUAUAGUUGUUGCUACAGUUUAUUUUCCUUCAUUCUUACUUUGUUCUAAGAAAAGAUGAUUGCAAAUGGACACAUGGGUCUUUGGAAAAGGACUGUAACUCUUUCAGGAUCCAGGAAAAUACACGAAGGUAUCCAGCAAUUUUUUUUUUUUUUUUUUAUUUUUACUUUUUUUUUUCUGCUUCUUCCUUCCUUCUCCAUGAACUUUCUUUACUGAACCCUGGAUUAUCACUACCACAAUACAAAUGACAAAGCUGCACCUUGACAGUUGCUCAUACCUGCCCUCCUCUUCCUCAAAACAUUCCCUCAGCAUUCUGAAAAAUGUGAAGAACUGUUGGCAUCAAAGGAGCAGAAGGGUAUCCAGGACAUGCAUGUGUUUAAUCAAAGGUUGAUUAUAAGCUGACAUUAUUUCCCCCCCAAAAAAUGUAUUUUUCAAUUUAGACACAGCAAAAACAUCUUUUGAUUUUCAUAAUGACAUUGGAGUACUUUCCUGUUCUUAAAGGGGGCCUCUUAUGCUCGUUUCCUGCUCCAUAUUUGAAUUCUUUGAGCCUACUAAUAGAAGUAGCUUUGCAUGAUUCACAGUUUAUAAUAAUCCAUGUUUGUCUUACACUGGGUCUUGCAGCCUCUUUGUUCAUCUCUUCCCUGAACGGCUUCCCCCUCUAAGUCAACUUUUCUGUUUCUGCCAAACAUAACAACUUUAUUAGGAUAUGCCCUCUCUAUGACAUCACAAAGAGCCAAGACUAGAGAGAAACUGUCUGAAAUUGGGCAUUCAGAGCAGUCUGAAGCCAAAACAUUUAGCUCAUGGAUUACUUAUACAGGGAAACUACAUACAGACUAUGGAAGAAAAUGAAGCAUAAUAGGUCCCCUUUACUGUUUGUUUUUAAUAACCUCUUAAAUAAAUAUAAAUAAAUGGAGACAUGUAGGUCAGGUGAUAGAAGGCAAAAUGAAGAGUAACUUUGAAAAAGGAAUAGUAAGUGAUGUUUUUAGCUGCUGUAAUGUUUCUGGUGAAGUAGCAUUUGGUGAUUGCUUGUCCUUCAUCCCUUUUGUGAUUACUUGCUGCCCCUCAAAACGUAGCCAUGGAAGUCUUCGCCACCCCUUACUUGCCUGUUUUGAAUCUUUUUUUCUUUUAAAAAUGUUAGUGGAAAUGGUAAAGAAUGACGGUAGAUGACAAAAAAAAUAAAAAAAAAAUAAAGACAGAACUCUGAAGUCUUGAGGGAAGCUCCUCAGGAAAUUUUCAGCAAACUGAUUAUAUUCGACCAGAGACCACAGCUGCCUACUUUGGCUAACAAAAAGUGGCUGCAAUUUUUAUGAUAGUUCUUAACAUUACCUUUUUUUAUUCUUUUAUUAUUGAAGGUAAUAGGGGGUACUGGGCAGGCUCCUUCAACAUUUGGGAUCACAUUUCAGGGUGCGGUCUGGGAGGGGGGGCAUCCAGUAAUAUACUAUAACUAUACUUUUUUUUUUUUUUUUUUUUUUUUCCCCACACCCAAGUUUGUUUACUCCACUGUAAAUAUUUUUUUAUUUCAAUGUAAAGCCAAAUGUGGUAAUUUUUGUUUUAAAGUGUAAAGUAGAAAAAUGGAAACUAACAACAGAAAUAGGCAUUUGAAGUUUGGGUAUUUAAAAUGCUAAAUUGUGGGAUGGAUUACUGUUGCUGUGCCAGCUGGGUCAUCCAACAUUUUGUGUAUGUGUGAAAGGAAGCGUGAUACAGUGAAUCCCUGCAAAGAAUAAUAAAUUCCCUUUGUCUUAGUUUGUAUGCAGUUUUUUUUUAAAUAACUGUAUUUAUGUUAAACUGUCACUCAUCAUCCUGUAAUUUAUUGGACGUACCUUCUAUGUUUUUUGAAUGCCUUUGUUUCUCAGUUGUUCAAAGCCUGUCCACCUUCAUCGUUAUUCAAUACUUAGGGCUUUCAGUAUCCUGCAAAAAUAAAAUGCCAAUAGUGUGAUGUCACCUUUUGGAUUUUUAUUUUUUAUUUUAACUUCCAGAAACCUUGACGAUGUCAUUAAGAAGAAAGCUUAACUGAUGCAAUUUGCAGGGAUUUGUAAAUAGCAGUGUACUGUGUGUAAUUACCUUUGUACAGGCCACCAUGACCCAGUGGCAUUGUAACUGUUGGGUUGGGGAUGGUAUGGAGAAUGAGCCUAUUUGGGGGGAUUUCACUUUAUGUAUUGUGUACUGAUAUCAUGUACAGUUCUUAAACACUCUUUAUUUACAGUAUUUGUGUAUAUUUUAUGAAGUAAUAAAAAUUAAUAACGUUGCUCACAA